AUGAAGGCCAACCAGUUUACCUCUAUUCUCCUCCUCAGUAUUUCCACCGGGGUACUGGCCGAUUUCCAACUCUUGUGCGGGCCGUGCUGUGAUGAAGGCGGCGACUUCAGUGACGGAUGUUAUCCCGACGCAAUCAUCUCAGCCGAGAACAAGCUGGGCUGCGGCAACCUCGACAAUCCAAGCGGCGUUGCCACAAACUCGUUACUCAGCGGUGGUUUUGGAGGUGCUCUGGGCUGGCCAUCGGCUACCUCGUUCUUCAGCAUGGGCGGUCUCUGUGGAGUUGGGACGUUGAACUUUUAUCAAAGUGGCGAUACAUACUUGGGCUACAUCAGUGGUGGAGACGGCACGCAAGUUGCUACAUGCUAUCCAACAUAUGGAGGUAAAUCUUGUGAUUAUGGCGCAGCGGUUUGUGACUGGCAACAGACUUGGUACUGCGACUCUUACAUUUGCUCGUAG